GGCCAGGGCGCUGGGGCGGGGCUCCCGGACAGAAGGGGCGGGGCCUGAGCGGAGCCGGAAUGGGUGUCCGAGCCUUGAGUUUUGCGCCCAGACCGCAAGGAGGAAUUGGGGCGCAGGUGACUGUGCGGUUAUGAAAUGUGCACGCAGGAGGCCUUCCAGGCUCAGAGGAGUCAGCUGGUGGGGCUGUUGGUCUCAGGGUCCCUGGAGGGCUUCGAGAGCAUCCUGGACUGGCUCCUUUCCUGGGAAGUCCUCUCCUGGGAAGACUACGAGGGACUCAGCCUCCUGGGCCAGCCCCUCUCGCACUUGGCCAGGCGCCUCCUGGACACUGUCCGAAAUAAGGGCGCAUGGGGCUGUGAACAGCUCGUCGCGGCCAUCCGCGAGGCCCAGACCGACUGCCAGGCCCCAGAGCUUUCCGGUUGCUGGGAUCCCCACUCGCCCCACCCAGCCCGUGACCUGCAGAGUCACCGGCCAGCCAUUGUCAGGAGACUCUACAGCCAUGUGGAGGGUGUGCUGGAUCUGGCGUGGGAGCACGGUUUCAUCAGCCGGUAUGAAUGUGAUGAAAUCAGGUUGCCCAUCUUCACAUCCUCCCAGCGGGCAAGGAGGCUCCUCGAUCUUGCCACAGUGAAGGCGAAUGGGUUGGCUGCCUUCCUUCUACGUCAUGUUCAGGAAUUGCCAGUCCCGUUGGCCCUGCCUUUCGAAGAUGCCGCAUGUAAGAAGUACAUGUCCAAGCUGAGGACCACGAUAUCUGCUCAGUCUCGCUUCCUGAGCACCUAUGAUGGGGCAGAGAAUCUUUGCCUGGAGGAAAUAUACACAGAGAAUGUUCUGGAGAUCCGGACAGAGGUGGGCCUGGCUGGACCCCCGCAGAAGAGCCCUGUGACCCUGGGCCUGGAGGAUCUCUUCAGCACCCAUGGCCACCUCAAUGAAGAUGCAGACGCUGUGCUGGUGGUGGGCGAGGCGGGCAGUGGCAAGAGCACGCUGCUACAGCGGAUGCACCUGCUGUGGGCUGCAGGGCGCGACUUCCAGGAAUUUCUCUUCGUCUUCCCGUUCAGCUGCCGGCAGCUGCAGUGUGUGGUCAAGCCUCUGUCUGUGCAGAUGCUGCUCUUUGAACACUGCUGUUGGCCUGACCUUGGCCAACAGGACGUCUUCCAGUUCCUCCUUGACCACCCCAACCGUGUCCUCUUAACCUUCGAUGGCUUUGACGAGUUCAGGUUCAGGUUCUCGGAUCGCGAGCGUCACUGCUCUCCCACUGACCCCACCUCUGUCCAGAAUCUGCUGUUCAACCUUCUGCAGGGCAACCUGCUAAAGAAUGCCCGCAAGUUGCUGACCAGCCGUCCCGAUGCGGUGUCCGCAUUCCUCAGGAAGUACCUGCGCUUGGAACUCCACCUCAAGGGCUUCUCAGAAGAGGGCAUCGAGCUGUACCUGAGGAAGCGCCACCGUGAGCCGGGGGUGGCCGACCGCCUCAUCCGCCUGCUCAAAGGGACCUCGGCCCUGCAUGGUUUGUGCCACCUUCCUGUUGUCUCGUGGAUGGUGUCCAAAUGCCACCAGGAACUGUUGUUGCAUGGCGGGGGGUCCCCAAAGACCACCACGGAUCUGUACCUGCUGAUCCUGCAGCAUUUUCUGCUGCAUGCCUCCUCAGCAGACUUGGUGCCCCACGGUCUGGGAUCCGGCCUGCUUCGAGGCAGGCUCCCCACCCUCCUGCGCCUGGGCUGGCUGGCUGUCUGGGGCCUGGGCACGUGCUGCUACGUAUUCUCAGCCAAGCAGCUCCAGGCAGCACACAUCGACAGGGAGGACAUUUCUCUUGGCUUCCUGGUGCACGCCAAGAGUGUUGUGUCGGGGGGCGCUGCCACCCUGGAAUUCCUGCACAUCACCUUCCAGUGUUUUUUUGCAGCCUUGUACCUCGUGCUCAGCGCUGACCUGUCACCAUCCUUGCUCAGACAGCUCUUCAAUUGUCACCGGCCGCGCGGCUCGCUGCUGGCCCGGCUGCUGCCCCCCAUGUGCGUGCCGCGCUCAGAGGGCCAGGAGGGCAGCACGGCCGCUUUGCUGUGGGAGGCUGAGCCGCACAACCUCCGGAUCACAGCAGCCUUCCUGGCGGGGCUGCUGUCCCGGGAGCACGGAGGCCUGCUGGCCGAGGGCCAGGUGUCUGAAAAGGCCCUGCUCCAGUUCCAGGCCUGCGCCCGCAAAUGUCUGUCCCACAGCCUCCAUGAGCACUUCCACUCCAUCCCCCAGGCCGUGCCGGGGGAGGCCAAGAGCAUGCAUGCCAUGCCCGGGUUCAUGUGGCUCAUCCGGAGCCUGUACGAGAUGCAGGAGGAGCGGCUGGCCCGGCAGGCCGUGCGGGGGCUCAAGGUCGGGCACCUGAAGCUGACGUUUUGCGGCGUGGGCCCUGCAGAGUGUGCCGCCCUGGCGUUUGUGCUGCGGCACCUCCGGUGGCCUGUGGCCCUGCAGCUGGACCACAACUCUGUAGGGGACCUUGGUGUGGAACAGCUACUGCCUUGCCUGGAUGUCUGCAAGGCUCUGUACUUGCGAGAUAACAAUAUCUCCGACCGAGGCGUCUGCAAGCUCGUGGAGCAUGCGCUGCAGAGUGAGCAGCUGCAGAAGUUAGCGCUCUUCAACAACAAACUGACGGAUGGUUGCGCACAUCCCAUGGCCAGGCUCCUUGCGUGCAAAGGGAACUUCUUGGCGUUAAGGCUGGGGAACAACCAUAUCACUGCCGCGGGAGCCCAGGUGCUGGCCGAGGGGCUCAGAGCCAACGCCUCCUUGCAGUUCUUGGGGUUGUGGGGCAACAAGGUGGGUGAUGAGGGGGCCCAGGCCUUGGCCGAAGCCUUGGGGGAUCACCAGAGCUUGAGGUGGCUCAGCCUGGUGGGCAACGACAUCGGCAGCGUCGGGGCUCAAGCCUUAGCAUUAAUGUUGGAAAAGAACGUGGCACUGGAAGAACUCUGCCUGGAGGAGAACCAUCUCCAGGAUGAAGGUGUGUGUUCUCUUGCCAAAGGACUUGAGAGGAAUUCAAGUUUGAAAGUUCUAAAGCUGUCCAACAACUGCGUCACCUACCUUGGGGCAGAAGCCCUCCUGCAGGCCCUGGAAAGGAAUGAUACCAUCCUGGAAGUCUGGCUCCGAGGCAACACUUUCUCUCCCGAGGAAAUUGAGAGGCUCAGCCAGAGGGACACCAGACUCUUGCUCUGAAGCCUGGGGGCCAAUGUUUAUCUCAGUUUGCGAACAAGCUGUGGGUUUGGAUCCCAGGACCUGGAUUACAUCUGGCAGCAGCCCAUUCACACAGAGCCGUGUCCUGCCCAGGGCAGGGCUGGCGCAAUGGGUCAUCUUUGUUCCGGCAGAGGAAGGAGCCAUAGUGCCCUUCAGAGCAGACUUUUCUGCAGCUGACUUUUGCAUCUGGUUCUUCCCACGAUUCAGUCCAUGGAAUGUAGCAGAGGGACAGCUCCUGCCGCCGCCUCCAGCUGAUCUGAUGUGGGUCAGUGGGGCCCAUGGAUGUUACCGCGUGCCCAUCACUGUAGAGACCUAGACCCACAGGAGAUGCCCCGUCCCACCUGUCUCGCAAUGAGGAGGUAGACUCAGGAAGCAGCUUUCUGCCAGGUUUUAACCCCUGGGUUGUCAUCUCUCCAGGCUCUUCCCCACAUCUGGUCCCUCCACCCAUCCUGGACCCCUGCACGGGGCACUUCCUCUGUGGGGAAGGACUCAGAAUACUGGUGUUCUCAGCUUUGAUAUUUAUAGGCUCCCCCCCCCCCACAUAUACGCAGGGUGGGAAGGGCUAUAAUUUACCUGCUGCCCUUCCUGAUACUUGACCUUAUUGAAAGGGGACACGGGACGGCCAUUUACUUCCUCCAGACAUUUUAGAUUUUCACUUGAUCUUAGCCAAAAGGCUGAGAAGCGAUUUUCAAGAAAAAUAAGACCACACUACAGCUGAUAUCAUACGCAUAUUUUUAUUUCUGGUGAAAUCAAUUAGUCUUCAGUUAAGCCUUUGGAAGCCACUCCCCACCCAAAUGCAGUUUUUUAGAAUCAGUCCGGGCCAGAAUUUUGAGCAGUCCCACCAGGGCUCUGGUUGAUGCCUGGGAGCUGGACUCUGACAGCAGCCUUCUAAAAUAUAUUCAUGAGAGUUGGUUCAGUGUUAUGUGAUAGAAAGUUAUGGACCAAAAGUUUACAGGGGCAAAAUCAAAGACUUUUCCUUAUAAGGCAGAUAUUUUUCUGGAUUUUUUUUUUUUUUUCCAAAUGAUGCAUGUUGAAGCCUCUGUAAAUGGUAGGUGCUGUACAAGUGUUAUUAUUUAAACAUUAUUAUUUGUGAACACUGGUUAAUAUUUAUAAGCCACUUUGUUUUAUUCUCCCCAGUUUGUUUUUAUAAAAAACACCACCAUGGAUUUUAUGCUGUAAAUAGUCACAGAGAAGAAAACUGUGGAGAGCCCCCCAAAGCUGUCUUCAUUGUGACCAAAUAUUUAAAAAAAACAUUCCUGAACGUUGUCAGAUAGUCAAGCACAGUCUUCCACUUGGAGGGGGAAGAAUGAUGUUUGGACCAGAAAACGUAUUGGUUAGGGCAAAAGCAGUUCUUAGAAAUAGGCUUGCAAAAAAACUCUCUGGGCUUUGGCUUAGAAAGGUCUAACCCUGCGUGAAGUCUGUGCAGGAGCCUCGUGGUGCCCCACAUGGCUGCAAGGCAAACGUGAGGAGGCCUCUGGGCCUCCCUUGAUUCUCUCCCCGUGGCUCCAGGGGUCUUAAGCAGGAGAAGGAUGGAGAAGGUUCGGGAACAGCUCCCCGCAGCAAGCAGCCUCCUGGGUAGGCCUUGUUGAAAUCAUUCUCAGCUGUAUUUAAUGAGCAAGAGCUCAGGUAGCUCCUCACCGAAGUGAGAUCCGCUCCCUGGGAAUUUUUUUUUUUUUUUUUUUUAAGAUUUUAUUUAUUUAUGUGAGAGGGAGAGAAUGAGAGAUAGAGAGCACGAGAGGGAAGAGGGUCAGAGGGAGAAGCAGACUCCCUGCCGAGCAGGGAGCCCGAUGUGGAACUCGAUCUCGGGACUCCAGGAUCAUGCCCUGAGCCGAAGGCAGUCGCUUAACCGACUGAGCCACCCAGGCGCCCUCCUGGGAAUGUUUUGUGUGGGCCUCGCUCGUGAAAUGCUGCGGCAUCUCUGUGGGCUCCUGUGCGUGAGCUUGCCUGUGGGCUCUCCGUGGGUGGUGGUAGUUUCUGGCCAGUCUUCUGUCCUGAUACAGAAGAUCAGGAGGAAGGUGGAGAUCGAUGGGCCUGCUUUCCCUGAGGAGUAAACACAACAGUCCAUGUGUGUGGCGGCGACUUGGAUGGUAAAUUUCGUUUUCCUGAAAUUCAUUCAGCAAUGAUUUAUGGGCCAGGUAUAUUAGGACCAUCGAUGGAUGAACACAACAGACAGGAUCCCUAUCCUCAAAGCACUUAGGUUGGGGGGAGGUGGGGAGGUGGGCAGAAAACUAGUGAACUGGAAGAUAUAGAAAAUAAGGUCCACUGUGGUAAGUGCUAGGAAGGAAAUAAACAGGGGCGCCUGGGUGGCUCAGUCAUUAAGUGUCCACCUACAGCUCAGGUCAUGAUCCCAGGGGCCUGGGAUCGAGUCCUGCAUCAGGCUCCCCGCUGGGUGGGAAGUCUGCUUCUCCCACUCUCCCCAACUCACACGUGUGUGUGCUCUCUCUCUCUAAAAAAAAAAGAAAUAAAGGUUCAAGAUAGAGGGGAACCUUCAGAUUGGGGAUUGGGCUGAGACACGUAAGCUGGGACCCUAAGAAUGAGAAGGGUCUGGCCUUGCCAAGAGUGAGGGGGCUUGUUCACCGAGGACAAGCUGCAUGAAGACCCUGUCAUGGGGAAGAGCUUGGUACAUGUAGUAGGCUGAAUAAUGGCCCCAAAUAUUUAGCUCCUCAUUCCUUGAGCCUGUGAAUGUUGCCUUACGUGGCAAAAGGGACUUUAAAGAGGUGAUAAAGGGGUGCCUGGGUGGUUCGGUUGGUUAAGCAUCCAACUCUUGAUUUUGACUGAGGUCAUGAUCUCAGGGU